AGUCCUGUGAGGGCGGACGGGAGCGAGUGGCGGUGACGCGGCUCACGCACGCACCUGGUCUUCUCUGGUUCCCUCGCUUCCUCUUGCCGGGCACUGCAAAUGGCUUUUGCACCCAUGGGUCCCGAGGCCUCUUUCUUCAGGGUUUUGGACCAGCACAGGCUCGCCCUGAUCGAGUCCCUUAAGGAAGGCCCAGGGGAAGUCCCCCGUAAGGAGGCCUCGAGAUUUGAAGAUUCUGUGGGUCUACAGAUGAUACCUCAUUGUACCACCAAAAAAAUCAAAAGUGAUUCAGCACAAUCAGCCCAAAGAUUUGCUCUAAUUCUUAAAAUAUUAUCUAUGAUCUACAAAUUAGUCCAGAGCAACACUUAUGCAACCAAGAGAGACAUAUAUUAUACUGAUAUCCAACUAUUUGGUAACCAGAGUGUUGUGGACAAUAUAAUCAAUGACAUUUCCUGUAUGUUAAAAGUACCAAGGAGAAAUCUACAUAUUCUGUCUACUUCAAAAGGUCUAAUUGCUGGUAAUUUAAGCUAUAUUGAAGAAGAUGGUACCAAAGUGAAUUGUACCUACGGUUCAACGGCAGUUGCUGUGCCUUCUAAUAUCCAAGGAAUUAGAAAUUUGGCUACAGAUGCUAAGUUCCUACUAAUUGUAGAAAAAGAUGCAACAUUUCAGCGACUCUUAGAUGAUAACUUCUGCAACAGACUAUCUCCAUGCAUAAUUAUUACGGGCAAAGGAGUACCAGAUCUGAACACAAGACUUCUAGUCAAGAAACUGUGGGAUACAUUUCACCUUCCUAUUUUCACUCUUGUGGAUGCUGAUCCACAUGGCAUAGAAAUAAUGUGCAUCUAUAAAUAUGGAUCUUUGUCGAUGUCUUUUGAAGCUCAUAAUCUCACAGUUCCAACUAUUAGAUGGCUUGGUCUUCUUCCCUCUGACAUUGAAAGAUUAAAUAUACCAAGAGGUACAUUAAUUCCACUGACUAACCGGGACCAAAUGAAACUUGAUAGCAUCCUCAAGAGACCUUAUGUUACAUGCCAACCAUUUUGGAAAAAAGAAAUGGAAAUAAUGGCCCAUUUGAAAAUGAAGGCAGAAAUUCAAGCUUUGACAUUUAUUUCAUCAGAUUAUCUUUCUCGAGUAUACUUACCUAAUAAAUUACAAUUUGGAGGAUGGAUAUAAGACUAUCUUAGCAAAUCCUAAUAAAAUGACUAAUGUAUUUUGUAUUUUGCGAAGGGUAUAUUUUCUUGACAAAAGAUAAAAAAGAAAUAAGCUUAAAUUUAUUCAACAAGAGAUACUCUUCAUUUUCUUUAGACUUCUUUAUCUUAUUGAGCUUCAUAAAUAUUUAUCUCCAUUUUGUGAUAAUGUUAUAAAGAGAUUAUGAUGUUAUAAAGAGAAUAUAAAGGGAAUUCCUUCUAUAAUUCUGUUAUUUUGACUGUUGUUGAAAUUAUUUGGACAAAUAAUAAUUUUAUGUAGUCAAAAGCUGAAGAAAGACUUUAUUCUCCAUCUAACUGUCUUUAUAUCAUUCUAUGGGUCUUUUCAUACAAAAUAAUAAAUUUUUCUAAGUGUA